AUGAGUGAUAACACUCCAGGAUCCUCGCACUUGUCUGUGAACAGGGCAGAGUUGAAAAAACUCGAUACAGAUACCUGUAAUAUAUUGUCACAAUUUGAAAAGACUAGAGAAUGGGCAGACUUAACAAAUUGCCUAAUUAAGCUAAAUCGUAUACUGACCAACUCAACAAUACCGCACAUUCCAUAUAAGGAAAUCAUUUGCAAACGAUUGGCUCAAUGUUUGAAUCACCAGUUACCAACAGGAGUACAUAUCAGGGCGUUGGAAGUUUACGGCUCAAUUUUGGCUAAAACUACGACAGAGAGCUUGUCGAAUGAUUUGGCGCUCUUUAGCACCGGGCUGUUUCCGUUUUUUUCCUACAGCUCCCACUCAGUCCGGCCGCAGUUCUUGGAGAUUAUCGACAAGUAUUUUCUACCUUUAGGACCCAAAUUACUACCGUGCCUGAUUGGAUUGCUGAUUUGUAUUUUGCCCGGUCUAGAGGAUGAUAAAUCUGAGACUUAUGGGAUGGUGUAUGAGAUGGUCGAGAAAAUCAGCAGAUGUGUACCAGAACGUUAUUUCAUGAGGUCGUUGUGGCUAAUAUUUAAAAGAGCAGCAAAGAUAAGAUUACCAACUUUGUACGUUAUUUCAAAUAAGCUUUCACCUGGAGUUUCGCAGCUGAGCGAAGACAGACUAGAUUCAUUACUCCCAGAUAGGAACGAGUUGGUACUAAAUAGCCUAAUAGCGGCUUCACAAGAUGAUUCGAUGAUAACAUUAAGAGAAUUAAUGAACUUUAUGUCGAAAUACCUACUGCUAAAUUCUGACAUUUUCAAGUACCAUAGCAAGGCUGCAUUGUGCAGGAACUUUUUAAGGCUGCUGAGGAAGAGAGAUUGGUCACUUACGCGACGUAUUUAUCAAUGGCUUUUCAACACAAAUGACCUUAACGAGUCUGUAGAAACUAUAGAUUUGAGUUAUUUCAACAACCAUUCAAAGAGUGUGAUAAUUACAGCAGUAAAAGACUUGUUGAAGAUGAGAGUUAACACACUUGAGGAGGUCAUAAUGCCUCUGAAAAUUGUUGUAACCCUCAUCUCAGAUAUUGAAGUAUCAGUUAUCGCAAACCAACUCAUGCCAGUCCUCUGUAUCCCAAUUCUAAAGUACAUUUGCGACAAGAUCGAUGACCCAGACUGGCACACCUCAAUAAUCCAGGAAAGUAAGAUUAUUUUCAAUACGACUUUGACGUCACCCUACGUGGUCUUCAAUUCCAUAAUUGAGCAGUUUAAUAAGUUAUUUUUAAACGAGUGCUAUAACUCGGUUCAGGAGUGGAAUGAUAUAUUGGACUUGAGUAAUAUAUAUUUGGAUGAGAUCAAGACUUUGACAAUGAUUGAAACAGUUUUGUGCGGACUUUUUAUGCUACUGGAAAACGCAUUGUACAAACUACUUAAACUGGAUAUAAAAACACAAGUUAAAACAAUUUCACAUAUUCUAAGGUACAUCUCUGCAAUUUUGGCACGUGUAGAAACAUUCAUAAACGGCGAGUAUAGCCAUUUCUCAUUUGAAAAUGACUUGAAUUACCUUCAUGAAAAUAAGGAAAUUAAUCAUCUAAUUGAAGUACAAAAGUCAUGUAAUGACCGGAUUUUCAAAUAUCUGAACCAUUUUUAUAUUAACUCACUCACGCAUUUUGAUAAUAAUAAUAAUAAAUUAACGAGCUCUGAAGUGUCAGUAUUGGAUUUAUUGAAUAAUUUAGCGGUUAGAUUUGUAUCAAUUGAUUAUAACAUGAAAACUUUGCCCAUAAUUGAGACCUUUUCCGAGUAUUAUGAAGUUAAUGAUAAUACCAUAACUAACAACCUUAGUGACUUGACACUAUAUGAAAAUAACAAUACACCAGUCAAUAAAUAUAUUACUAAUAAUUUACCGAAAAAAAUAUAUACACAAACUAAUUUUAAUGGUAUAACCAGUGAUAUGUAUGUUAAUGGUGAUAUUGAAGGAAUUAAGUUAGAUGGUUGGAUAAUGUGUUUAUUGAAAUGUUCACUAUCAUCAGAUCCGAUGAUAUUUUGUAGAGGUAUUAGGACGUUUAUACAGAUCAUUAAUUUGCCUAGAAAAGCACAUUUAAAGAAGUUCUUUUCAGUCUCAAUAUUUCAUUUGAGAAACAUAAUAAUGCAACUUUGGAACAGUUUGGUGGAUAGGUUCUCGUCAUUUCACUCUGAAAUUGUGCUUUUAUUGUUACACCUAAUAUACUCAGUACCAGAGAUCUCGGAAGAGGCUGAAGAACUAAUGGUUAAGGAUCUUACAAGCAGAGAUGUCGACGUGAAAAUUGACGCAAUUUUACGAUUCGGAGUGUUGAUCAAGUAUUUACACAUACACGCACCUGAACAGUUGUUCUUUUCUGAAGCGAUCGGUUUCAUUUUAGACGCAGUUGAGGAGUCUGACCCUAAACUUCACUACUACGCUAGAGCUUUCUUAUCAGAGUCUAUAUACAUGCUACCAAAUCUUCUAGACCCAAUUUUACUAUUCCUCACCAAAUUUAAUCCCAAGAAUCCUAGUAAUUUGAAAAAUAAAUUAAGUUGGAAUGAUGAAAACGAGAAAUUAACUAAUAAAAUUAAAGGUAAAACUAAUCAGAAAUCUGAAACAGAGUCUAAGAAUAUGACAGAAGUGGUAAGAAGAUUCCGUCAUUUGUCUUCAAUAAUAGGUAGAGAAGGUCAAGCGAUUUUAGAUUUAAUGCAGAGAAGACAAGUACCAAUAGAUUUGUUAAAAUGUGUUCAAGGUGAAGAUUUAUUUACAAGAUUGUCUGAAACUUUAGAAAGUGUUCCACCAUCUCAAACUAAGUCUGAAUCAAAUUCUGCAAAAAAUUAUUCGAUAGAUAAGUCAGCAGAUAAGAAUAUGGAUAAUAUGGAAGAUAGUGUUAAUGAAAGUAGUUUUAUAAAGCAUAUAUUGAAGGAUACCCUAAAAAAUAAACAAUUUACAAUAAAUAGUGAAAUGGAAGAAUCAAGUUCACGUCAAGACUCAAUAUUAAAAGAUUCUAGUUCAGUUAAAGUUGAAGAUAACAACUUGAUUUCAGAUUUGAUUAGUCUUAAUUCUCAAGAUUUGAAAGGCGUAAAUAAAUCCACUAAUACACAAGAUAAUUCACAAUCUGUAAAUGCAAAUGAAGAUUAUUAUACUCCAUCAAGUUCAAUUGUUAAUACAAUACAAAAUACAUAUGUAUCUAAUAAAGGAGUACAGGGAGAUGGAGUAUCUAAUAGUACAUCCACUCCUAGUAAUUUGGUGGAUAAGGAUACAAUAUUUCCAAGAUUAUUUGAUCCAUCGUAUACAUGUUAUUCCGAUGAAUCAAUUUAUAAUUAUUUGGAUUUGGUCAUUGUAAUUACACUAAAGUACAUUUGCCUCAAUGUCGAUCUCAGCUCAUUAAUUCUAACUUCAACUUCAGAUGAUCUUUUAUUAUAUCAACAAAUUAUUACCCAUCAAAAUUAUAUCACCAAUACCAUCAGUUCGACCUCAAACACACAUGGUAAUUCUAGUGUAUUAAAUCUUAAUACCAAGUCUCGUGAUAUUAAUGGGAAUUCUAUAAAUUCUGUUUCAAUGGAUGAUUCUACAAUGUUAUUAAGAUGUACAGCAAUAGAUUUUAUGAAGUUGUUUGUAUCAUGCUUGCAGCCCUCAAAUUUGUCAAUUGAAGUUUCAUGUCUAAUAUCCAAAUAUUUGCUACUGAUUUUGUACCAUUUCCAUCUCAAGGAUCAACAUAUAAUACAAACACAAAUGAUAUACUUGUUAAAGCUAGUUAUGGAUCGAUGCCACCAAGAAACUACUACCAUUAGUAAGCCAGUUAGUCUACUGAUUGGAUUAUCAAAUUCAUUGUCUAAACUGCCAUUUCUUAAAACACCUACUAAUCAAAAUAUCGAUUUACAGACACCUAAAUCACAAUCUAGUUUUGAAAUUAGCAUUCAUCCAGACCACAACCUGCAUAGCAUAUAUACCAGUCAUUUGACUAAUGAAACCAUUAAUACAAUGAAUAGUAAUAUGGAUAUGAAUAGUAGUAUGAAUUUGGAAACUAUUAUUAAUAUGGAUAUGAAUGUGGAUGUGUAUAUGGACAGAUAUGUAUCAAGUGAUCAAUUAUUUGAAAAUGAAUAUUAUAGUAGAAAUUUAAUGCAGGGAAUACAAAUGUUACCAAACAUAACAAAGGAUUUUGAAAACACAACCACAUAUCUAUCACCAAUUUACAUAAUUAACGUGGCAAAUGUCAGGAAAAAACAGCUGAAACGACUUACGAAGCUGUCUGAGAUUGAAUAUUUUGAAAAGGUGUUACACAUUUGUAUUGGAAACGCAGCUAGAUCUAGAUGUAUUCACUUGUUACAGUCAUAUAUUGAUUUUGCAAUUUAUAAUCUUAAAUAUUUGUCAGGUCCUGAAACUGUAAAAUAUGCCUCUCACUUUAUACUUGAACUUUGUACCCAGUUGACCAGUUAUAAGAAUCUAAUAGGAACCACUGGUAUGUUUUAUUACAUUCGUGCACUUUAUUUCAUGUUCAACCAUGUGACUGAGAAUUAUAAAACUGGUACCUCGGGAUAUAGUGGAAGUUCAGCCUUCACAAGUACUUCAGGGUUUGGUAGUACUAGUGGUAAUUUAGGUACCACAGGAUUUGCUGGUACUUCGGUUUUCAGUGCCAGAGAAUCUAAAACUACAGGAAAAAAUCUGGGACUUACUGAUGAGUCUGGACGUCCAUACUUUAGUAUUAAGAAAAAGAAUAAAAAUCCCACAGACUCGGCUGGAUUCCCACAUCUUGAUGUGACUCAUCUAGUCCAGUCUUGUAUACAAACACUAAUUUAUGCUCACGCCAAUGUUAAUAAUACUACCCAUACUAAUACUAAUAGUGUAAAUAGUACCAGUACUACUAAUAUCAAUAAUAAUGGAAUUAUGGUAGAUGUGGAAAAGGUUAGUGUGUUGGAUGAUAAAACUAAUUCUUAUAACACGAAUUUUAUUGUUAAAAUGGAUGAAUUAAGGGAUAUGAAAGAACAUGAAAUGGAUAAAUCAUUACAUAUAAAUGAUGAAAUGAACUUGGUGCAGAAGGUGUCGUUGGAAAAUGUAACCAAUCAAGUGAUAAGAUUGUUCAAAUUAUUAUAUAUAAAGUUACCAUAUCACUUUAUAAAGGCAUGUAUACAACUUUGGGAUCAGUCAAACUCAAUAAUUCCAGAGUUCAACACCACAGAAAUGUACACAUCCAUGAAUGUAAUGGACAUUUAUACCAAAAACGAGACCAAAAAUUUCAUACUGUUAAUCUUGAGUAAUAUACCACAAGUUAACUCAAGGUUAUUGUUAUCAUAUACCCUGGACAUGCUCGAGUCAUUUUGUAAGUCCUCAGAGUUCAAAAAUGCCAACGGUUACUUGAUUUUAAAUACAAAUGUACGAGAAAGUUCAUUGUCAGAGUUCGUCUACGCUAUAACUACUUCGAAAAUGAUCCCACAAGCUGAUGUGGAUUCCACUUUUGCAGAGUUACAACGCUGGGUAGGGCUGGUACUACAUUACCCAAAACAGCCAUCGGUAUUCUUAUGGGUGUUUCAAACUCUGUUAAAGUAUGAGAAGAUUACAGUCUACAACUACUCCAAAGUACUUACAAAUACCUGUAAACGACUGUUCAAUGACCUCAUUAUGGUUGUAAUUUAUCAAGCGUGCGGGUUAUAUUCCCAGAAAAUAUGUCACUGGUUGCCACAGACCAAUUAUGAUACUUUAUUGCCAGUACCACUCCAAGUACAACUUAUCAAUUCCAAUUAUUACUUUUCUAAUCGAAUACUGCAUUCAUUUCUCAAUAAUAAUUUCAUUACAUCACCAAUCACAUUUCAUCACCAAACCCAUUCACAUCCGAUAAUACAUUCACAAGGGAUCUCACAAAUAAGUGAAAUGUCGCAGAUAAGUGAGAUGUCACAAUGUCAUACUAGUAGUUUAAAUUUUGAAAAUUCCACAGAAUCAGUUUUAAUACAUUCUGACAUUAAUAUUAAUGGUACUGGUACUAUUGAGGGUACUAAGAGUACUAUUGAUGUUGUUGUUAAUACUAAUAAUAUUGUUAGUGAGGGUACUAAGGAUACUGGUGUUAAUACUAGUAAUAUUGGUACCAAUACUCAUACUAAGGAUACAGUUGUAUCUAACACCGUUACUGAGGAAAAUUCUACUGCACAAAUUUCUUCUACAAAUACUGGUACCAAUACACCAGAAGACAUGUAUAUAAUGGAUUUAAAGAGUAUAAUUCGUAAUAAAACAAGUAGUUUAUUAACUAGUAGAGCACCAAGUGUGUCGGAAAAUGACCCAAAUACAACACCGAAAUCAUAUAACGCUGAAGUGGUAUGUGAAAAUGCGUUGGCACUUUUAAUUUUCUUCAGUUAUGAGAUUUUACAACUGAACCGUAGAACACCAAUAACUAACAUUAUAUUCCAGUCAUUACACAAGAGCCUGACAUCACACAUUCUACCUCUAAUGCUGGAUCGUCAGACACUACAACAAAGGUAUUUCACACUGGUACUACUUCGGUAUUUACCAUACAGUUUAUAUGAAGUGCCAUUAAGUACAAUAAAAAAGAGUGUUUUGGAGUAUAUUAACUCAGCAGAGUUCUUUAGAAUUGACCGAAACUGUCUCAACGUACUAGUGGAAAUUUUCAGGCAAGUAGUGGAGGAAGAUUGUAAAGGCUCAACUGAUAUGAUGACUAGGCUAGAUUUAUAUACUAACCCCCCUCAUAUGAACGUGUUUUCCAACAAAUCCUCAAGCCUAACAAGUAGACUAAAGUAUCUUAAAAGGUUAGCAUUCGUACUCUACGCCUCUGAGCAUGAUACCUUCUCCUCCCACAUUUCCAACAUCAUUGAGAGGUUGGCAGAGACCACACGUACAUUCAAGAAUGAUACUCUGAGAGCCAAAUGUCUAUUUGUCAUGAGAGUUUUACUCGCUAAAACUUCACAGGAUAAUCUCACAGUACUGUGGCCAGUCUUGUUAUCUGAGCUCAUUAAGAUAUUCAGAAACACCACUGAACAGUUGUAUAGUUUCCCCAGUGAUGUAGGAAUUAGUGACAUUAACAGUGAAGUCGAAGAUGAUGACCUGAUUGAUAAUAAAUUAAAUAAAUGCAUUAAACCAAACAGUACAUUCACAGAUGAUAAUAGAGUUGUUGAAACGGUUACAGAUGGUAAAUUAACUGAGAGUAGUAGGAUGACGGAUGGUAAAUUAACUGAGAGUAGUAGGAUGACAGAUGGUAGUAGGAUGAGUGGUAGAAGUAGUAAAUUAAGUUCAAGAGUAACGGAUAGAGAAUCGAAAAUUGAAAAUUCGGAAUGUCCAGCAGAUAAUAAAAAUGCACUUUUAAUUGAAGCUGUUAAAAUUGUUGAUAUUGCUUGUAGUCUCAGACUUAAUGAAUUUCUAGUAUAUCAAUGGAUGUUCAUUGAUGAUUUAACAUCAAAUACAACUAAAGAUUUGGAACUAGAUGUAGUCAAUGAUUUUAAGCCGUUUUUGAUGAUGGUAGAGCAAAUGUGCCCAGAGGAAGUAAGAGAUCAAUUAAAGAACUUAAUAUGGAGGUCAAACGAACAAUAUAAAUUCUUCGGAGGAAAACCAGUCAAGUCACAUAAUUGGGAAAAUAAAAAUACACGAGAAUUAUUAAACAAGUCAAUUGAAAAUGAACUGAUUGAAGACGAAUCACAAGUCACACCCAUCAAACCAAUCAAUCUACAUCAAAUAUUUAAAAUUUUUAAACGCUUUCAAUAA